AAUUGCUCAUUAUCUUUUCAUAUUUUAUGAAAUUUGAUUCUUACACUUCUCGAUGAGGACGAAUCGUUCCAGUCCCGAGGUUGGAUUCAUUCACAAGGCCCAUGGCUUCCCUCACCGUCCGUGGAGUCAUAGAACAAAGACUUGGUCAGAUAGUGGAAUCUACUUCUCAGAAGAUCGUAACAGAACUAGAGCUACUGAAGUUAAUCGACGCGGUAGAAGCCAACGUUAUUGGGUUUGCAAGAAAAACAAAUAGGGCAAAGCGUCUAUUGGUCGAGAAAAUGCUUUCUUCACUUGGUUACAAGAUUGGCACGAGGAUAGAAUCAGAGCAGCACUCAAACGAAGGAAGAAAUGAUGGUUUAUGUCCUCAUUUCGCUUAUCCAUAUAAAGGAAAACAAGUUGAGUUGCCAUAUCAACCUUUGGACACAAAGAGAAGAAAAUGCAUAGAGAAGAACAAACCAAACUCAAAUAAUUUCACUAAAAGCUUGUUGAUUGAGUAUCCCAGGAAGAGUUUUGAAGAUUUUGGUGGCAUAGAAUUGCUAGAAAGUGUUCUCAGGGAACUAGUCGAGUGGCCUCUAAGACAACCAGAACUAUAUCGUCGAUUGGGAGUGGACCCCCCAAAAGGGGUACUAAUUCACGGUCCUUCAGGUUGUGGCAAGACACUUUUGGCACAAGUACUGGCAGGAGAAUAUGGAGUACCACUUGUUAGAGUUUCCGCUCCAGAGAUAGUUGGUGGUCUUUCUGGAGAAUCUGAAGAGAGACUGCGUCUCCUAUUUGAAGAAUCGAAGCAGUUGGCUCCUUGUAUUCUGUUUAUUGAUGAAGUCGAUGCAAUAUCUUCGAAACGUGAAAGCGCUAGUAAGGAUAUGGAGAGAAGAAUUGUGGCACAGUUUCUAUCGUGUAUGGAUACAUUAAGCAGCACAGACUUCUCUGUAUAUCCAGUUAUUAUUUUAGGAGCAACGAGUAGACCUGAUACACUCGACCCAUCUUUGAGGAGAGCCGGUAGGUUUGAUCGCGAGCUUGAGUUGGGUGCCCCAAAUGAAAGAGGAAGAGACCAAAUUUUAAGGUCUCUGUGUAGAAACCUUUCUGUCGACUCACAGUUAGACUAUUCGUACAUCUCGAAGAGAACUGCUGGUUAUGUCGGCGCAGAUCUGGCGUCUUUAAUAACAACUGCUGCCACUGCAGCUGUAGCGAGAUUCCAAAGGGAUUCAAUAGUGAACUGUGAUUACUCAAUGGACGAUAAUUUCGUUCCAAUAUCUGACGUCAAAUUUGAAACAAUUUUAAUCAAGUUAGAGGACUUCGAGGUAGCGUUAGAAAAAACCCAACCCAGUGCUCUAAGAGAAGGAUUUACAACUGUUCCUGAUACGAGUUGGAGUGAUAUUGGUUCUUUGGAUAACAUACGUGAAGAACUUGAAAUGUCUGUUUUAGAACCUAUUCACCACCCUGAAAGGUUUGAAGCCUUAGGUUUGAGUCGACCAGCUGGAGUUUUGCUUUAUGGACCACCCGGUUGUGGAAAGACUUUAUUGGCCAAAGCCAUUGCUCGUGAAAGUGGUGCGAACUUUAUUUCAAUAAAAGGACCAGAGCUUCUUAACAAAUAUGUUGGAGAAAGCGAGAGAGCAGUUCGCAGAGUAUUUCAACGAGGUAGAGCCUCAGCUCCCUGUAUUAUUUUUUUUGAUGAACUAGAUGCGCUGGCUCCGAGACGUGGAGGUUUCGCCUCUUAUACAGAUUCAGAAAGUUUUGGGAGUUCAUCUGGUGCUUCAGAAAGAGUUGUAAAUCAGCUUUUAACAGAGCUUGAUGGUGUAGAAGCAAGAAGCCAAGUUUUCGUUAUUGCUGCUACUAAUCGUCCGGAUAUGAUUGAUCCUGCCAUGUUGAGACCUGGUCGUUUAGAUAAAUUGUUGUUCGUUCCGCUGCCCGACAAAUAUGGUCGUAAAGCUAUUUUAGAAACACUUACGCGUAAAAUGCCGCUAGCUGACGACGUUUCCCUUGAAAACAUUGCAUUUCAUGUUCAUACAGAAGGAUUUAGUGGAGCAGAUUUGUCAGCUCUUGUGCGAGAAGCAGCGACAGAAUCAUUGCGCAGCACUGGAGUAGAUGAGACAUUCUUGCAAGUGAAAGCUGAGCAUUUUGAGAAAGCUUUGAAGAAAGUGCGACCUUCUGUUUCGUCACGUGACGCAAGCAUAUAUCAGCACAUGAAAGGAUCAUUUUCUUGAAAGAUUGCAAUGUGAGCUUGCUAGAGAGAGUAUCUCGAAAACGUUGUAUUCUUGAAGCCUUUUUACAGCUUUCCUAGAUGAGAUAACCGAUAGGAAGAUGUAAAUCCUUCGAUGCUGUGAAGCAGUGAUGCUAUAGACAGUGACUUGCAAAGUUUGUUUUCUGCAUACUAGCCAAGCAUAAAGACUUGUCGAAGAUUCUGUUCGUUUGAUUUCCUGGUAUUGUUGAGAAAACAGCGACAGCUAGUUCUCUUUUGUGUAGAUUUGGAACACAUGUGUAUAAUAAGAUGAAAUCGUUUUAUUUAUCAGAGCAAGUGACGCAGUUUAAGAGUCUGUCACCAGAGCGACUACUAAUUCUUGUAUAAGUGGAAAAUGAAAAAAGUCUGUUCAUAACAUUAUAGCUAUUGAUACAUAAACUAAAGCCAGUUAUCAUAAUGUUUUCGGGCAGCUCCGAGACUUGGCUCUGACUUCCAUAUAUAUUUUUGUAGCUUUCGCAUUGUUGUGAACUUUUGGAGAGAUGAAGGCCGACUCAAAACGUUUCUUAUAUCGGGUAUUACUUUCAAGGCUAUGUUUUUCAGUUUUCACCGAACAACGACUCUUAUUCUUCUCAAGUUGAGACAGAAAUAGAGGAGGUUACGCUCAUCUCGUGUAUCGACACUGUUGGAUAGCGCUGAAAGCAACUUUUAUGACACUUCUUUUACU